AUGGUGGGGAGACGAGACAAGAAGACCGGAGUGCCCACUCGCGACAAGCUUUCAAAAGCCAUUGCCAUGGUGCAAUCGUCAAGGAAGAAGCCGGGUGAUAACGAACGUCCUGAACUUAGUCUGACGAUUCCCGUCGAUGGAGGCGCAGAACAACAACGACAAACUCCUGCAACAGGCGGUAGCAACCAGGAACCUUUUCUGCUUAAUGCGUUUUCAUCACGCGCUGCUGAUGGACGUGGUGGACUUGCCAAACCUCCGCCAACCCAGCAUCAGACCGGCAAAAAGAAUCAACAACCAAGCAACUUUGCAGACCACCUCUACAAGGCGAUUCACAAGAAUCAGCAAGGCAGCGAUCGUCCCGAUAGGCCAUUAACCCCGCGUGCUGCAGCUGCGGCAGCGGCAAAGAAAUCGCGAGAACAAGCUAGCGCCAUUCGGAACAGAUCGAAGCGAGUUGAAAAAGAGGUAUCUUCGUCCAACACGUCCAUCACGUCUUCUGGCGGCCCUCCAUUGACUCCUCGAGCUGCUGCAGCCACUGCGAUUGCCUCUGAGAAGCGAAAGAAUCGAGCCAGAAAGGCACAACCGCAGCAUCCGCCGAAGAACUCUAAGGGCAGGCCUCAGCCCAACAGAGCCAGUAGCAGCAGCAGUGGACAGGAAGGUUUGUUCUCUAAAAAGUCGAUUGAGGAAGCCCUAGUGACGGUCGCCUCUUAUGGAAAUGGCCGUUCUUCAGUUGGCAAAGAAUCAGGACAUCCCCUCAAGGUUUCAACCGACAUUGAGCGAGAUAUCCAAGCCACGUCCCAAACUCUUGCCAAGAUUUCCCAGUUUAUCGACACAGUGACAAAGCCAACUGCAAAAGAAAAGCAAAUGCAACGUAGCGAGAGCGGCGAGAAAGGGAACAACUCCUUUCUUAAUGUAUACAAACGAAACUUGGACGACUCAACGAUUGACUCAAAUGCAGCCAUUGCCGAAGAAGCUGAGAGUCGAGAUCAAACGUCGUCAUCGCACGGGGCGGAAAUUGAAGAGAGGGAACCCUCGCAACGGCCCUCUUCUGACCGUGAGUGGAACAGAAAGGUGUAUAGAAACGAGAUGCGGGAUAAAGGGCGUAUAUAUAUUGCCGAGAACCAGGAGUUUGACUCGCAGGCAACCUAUGCAUCCAAGCCAGCUUCCUCUGUCACGGAUUAUCGUUCUUCGAUCAUGCAUCGUACCGAUCCAUUUGAACCUCAAAGGAAAAGCCCUGCAAUAUCAAUGUACAUGGCGAGCGUCAAGACACCGGAAGUGGAAGAAGUAGUGGAUCCACAAACGCCAAGGUCCAAGCCAUCCAGUUUUGCAGCUCUCCUCAGUGCUGUCUCCGCCAGCUCGUUUGACACGCGCACCGCUAGUAGACAAAUUCCUAUCCAAGUUCUGCCACCGGAGGCUAAGUCGGAUACAACAAGAGACAAGAACAGAGCGGAUGAAAGAGUCAAGACCAAGAAAAGCCCGUUGGCAUCGAAGUCGUCAUCGAAGGAACGUCCAAGGGUGGAAUCAAUCCACAAGCCCUCGGGUCUCAGGCGAAACAACGAUCCUCCCAACAGGUCUAUUCCAUUCAGGAUGACUGAUAAAGAUGAGCUCAAGAAAAAGAAAAGCAGCAGGUCUUUCGACUCAGAUAGUACCUUCGACGAAGAUGGCAGCCUCGAAACUCCACAGAAUCCUGCGAUCCUAUCAGAGAUUUCGGCGUUCAUUGACAGGGUGGAGCAAAAGAACAAAGAAACAAAGAGACCUUCUCCAAUCUUGACUCUUUUGCCACCCGAGGAAGGGGACGCUGAAGACGAAGCCGAGCAACAACCAUCCCAUUCUGAAUAUGACGACGACUUUGAUUUAAGCGCUUUUGCCACAAUGUUUGGCGAGACGGACGAGGACGAGGAGUCUGUGCAUCAGCAGCAUUCUCUGAACGAUGACUUGGAUGCUGCGGCGCUUGCAACUAUGUUUGACGAGCCCAUCACUCCCAGAAGCAGAUGCGUCGGUCUGGAGGAAAAGAAGUUUCAAUCGGAAAAGAAGGAAGAUGUUGGCAGCAAAAUGAAGGAGGUACUUGAUACUGUUCCGACUGCAAAGAGCGAAGCAACAUUCGCAGAGUUUACCAGCCUAUCGUCGUCACUACCUGGCAAUGACCCAACGUGGCGUGAAAUGGAAAUGCUACUGAACAACAUUGCCAUCCAGGCAGAAAAGCGAGAGAAAGAGCUCAAUAACACCGAUGACAAGGAUGACGAUGCAGAUUCUCCGACUGCGGUGGAAGACGAAGAAACACCAGCGACAGAGGACGAUGUUGUUGUUGUUGUUGUUGUCGAGGAUGCAACUUCUCCGGCUGUCAUGGAAGAGAAGCCAUCAGCAGAGGAUGUUAUCGUUGUAAAGGACGCUUCUUCUGAAACAACUCCGCACAUAUCUGUAUCAAGUGGCAGCUCGGCUCUGUCGAAAGAGGACGACCCGAUCUGCCUGAUUCGCGGAGAUUUAGCAGCAGAGGAUUGCGUCGAAAAGAAAAAUUCGCCUGCGGGCUUUACUUCAAAGCCAAGGUUGCAGAUUGACCCGUCAACAGGCGACUUGUCUUUCCAAGGGCUGCCGAAUGUUAGUACACCCACAAGUAAACCAAGGGCUCCAAGUGCAUCGAAGAGAAGGGCCGACCCUCCUCCAGAAGGCAGGAGUGACGGAGAAACGCGAUCCAGGGAAGAUCCUCCAGAGGAGGGGGUGCCGUCCUCGUCCACCAUCUCCACCACCGGAUCACACACAGACAUCCCCGGUCAGCAGUUGGAGCCAAGCCCAACGCAUGAAGCCGGACCUACGGUUGAUACGGUUGAUACGACGUCCAACUUGAAAGAUCCCAAAAGCUCUCCAACGCGACACAAACUAGCGGAAGUCAUGGGCAAGAGAUCUGCUUCAAAACAUCGCACCAGACCUCCAAAAAAUGACAAGGCAUCCAGCCCAAGACAACGUGGCCCUCCAAAGCCUCAAGACCUCAAGGUUAUCAACGUUGAAGAUCCCGAGGAGAUCGAGGCGGCAGCGAAGGAAGGACGUCUCAAGGUGAAUGCCCUCCGCAUCAACACUCAAGAGGCUGCAAAACGAGAACAAUCAAAGCCCCCUCGGGGCGGAGGCACAGAGUUGACUCCCAUAAUUGUAAUUUCCCCGAGUGCGGCAGCGAAGGCAUCACCCCUUUUUGUUGACCUGACCGCAGUAGGUAGUGGAGAUAUUUGCAAGGAGACAAAAUCCGCCAUCACCCCAAAGGCUUCUGGCUCCCGUGCUUCCUCAAAGAAGGCAAUCGACGCCGAUGGCACAGAUUUUCAUGCGGAGGAGAGCUUCGUGCCAGACCUUCAUGCGGAGGAGAGCUUCGUGAAGGCAUGGAUGAAGUCAGACCUAAACCGUAUGUCAGAAGAACAGAUAGUCGAAGAAUUGCUGUUGAUGACGGACGACAGCCCCCGCAAGUCGCCUUCGAAGGCAGGUUCUCGGGCCUUUGACUUUGGGGUCACGGUGGAGAGCGACGGAGAGGAUGGAUCUGACGGCGAAACAGGCCGCAACAAGUCCUCUGGACGAGAAUUCAGUCAUAUCUUAGACGGAAGCAAAGAACAAGACCGCGAUGCCACCGGGCGUAUAACAAAGGACCCCAACAGCGUCAUGAAGGCGGCGUCACUUGGGAGUAUCAACCCUCCUGGUGAAUACGCAGGUUCUGGAGAUGAAGACGUGGCGAAAGGAAGCCGCGAAGACAAGGAUCUCAGCAAACAAGAUUCGCUCGAGGCCCUCGUUAACGCUCCACUUGGCGAGAUGUUUACUGAAUCCGAAGACGACAGGGAUCCGAUGCAAUCGCUCUUGUUUGCGCAAAAGAACGACGUUGCGGAGAUGGCCGGGGACCGAAAAGAAGCUGGGUUGUCUCUUAUCAAGUUGACGUUAGAUGAGGUCAAGAACUUUGUUGAUUCAAACAUCAGUGGUGCAAACAGCAGUGGUGCUGGAGUGAUAAGUCAGAAAGUCAAGGAACUCGAGCGACAAGACGGACGUAUUCCAUCUCUGCUAACUGACAUGGGCGAGGAUACAGCCACUGACAUCUCUGGAAGUCAAAUGGGCCAGUCCGAUAACAUAUUCACUGACAACGACGAGUCUGUCGACGAUAGAAAGAGUGUGGCCUCCGAACAAUGCAUCUCUGUCAAAUAUGACUUUCAGCCAGCGUCGUCACAACCAAUAUCCAGCCAAGUCUUCAAGAACGAAACAGAAGCGGCUGUCGUCGGUAAGGAGAAACGCCCUGGUCAGAAGCGCAACAAAUUUCGGAAAGGACUCAAGAGAAAAUUUUCAACUGACGAAGAAAAUGAAGAAGGAAGCGCCAUAUCAGCUCCGACAACCACUUCGACGAAUUGGCUUGCCUCACUCGACAGCAUAUUCUCUUGCAAGCAGCCCAUCAGAAUUGCCGGCCAGAACAAAGCGUCGAACGGAUCGCCAACAGGUAAUGCGAGUCAAGCGCAUCGACGUGAAAAUAAGUCUCGUCAAGUCGAAGGUGUGCACUCCGAAUACUCUUUUGCGUCGGAAAUCAUCACAAGCCAAAGCAACCCGUCACCCCGAGAGCGCUACAGACCUGAUUCCUUCGACGUUAAGAGCUCCAAGUUCUCGUUUUCUUCAGAUGUUUAUCAAAGCCGAAGCCAUUUAUCACCUCGAGAGCAAGACCGACACUCCUUCCCUGCCAAGGACCGCGAGAACUCGUUCGCUUCGGAUGUUUAUGCAAGCCAAAGCCAUCCACUACCCGAAGAGAACGAAGCGGUCACCUCCGCCGAUCGUUCUACCAGCGACGAGGAUCAUGACGAGCACAGGCAAAGGACUACGAACGACACAGAGAAGACAUCGCAUUCCAAAGCAGAGCGCGAAACAAACGAUUCGUCCGGUGGUUCCUCCUCAUAUCAUUCGGCCAGAGAAAUCGAAGCAGAAGGUGAAACACUGCAAGUAGCCGCAACGGUUGCAGCGGGCACUGGAGCAUUCGAAAGUUCAUACAAAAAUCACCUGAAUGAGGGCAAAAGAAGUUCUGGAAACCAACGAGUCCCCGAAUCUCAUGGUGUAUCAGACGAAGAGGAACAAAGUGUGUUCCGAGAAAAGAAGAAACCUAUCGAGAAGCCACAAUCGAAGCUCUGUGAAACCGUCGAAGACAUGCCGCCUGAUGAGAUACAGAAAAGCUUGUCUCAGAUGCAAACGUGGCCUUUGCCUGUAUCCAUAGAAGAAGAGGUUGUUACGCCACAAGCGACUAGUUCGCCACAAGCGACUGCAAUGCCACAAGCGACUGCACAAGUUCAUACAUGUAGCGAAGAAGUCGAACGCUCGAUAUCUCCUCUCAGCCAUAGACCCGGCGAUGACUUUAAUGAAGAAAGAACUUUGCCUGCAAGUGACCAGGUUACCCGUUUGCGUCGAACUGAUUUGCAAGAGAAGGCAGCAGGACGGCGCCGUUUGCAGGCCCCUCACCCCCCUGAUCUCUUGAAGUUUGCCAGCCAAUCAGGUUCCAUGACGGGAGAUGUUGUGAAUAUGAAAUCGAUUUCGUCGGCAGAAUUGGGACUAGCAGUGCCAGCUCAUACCAAGUCUUCUCAAAUGCAAGGUACAACGAAAGGGGUCACAUCACCUACAGGUUCCAGUGACAACAAUGCAACCACAGCUACUGACCCCCCUGAGCAGACAACUUGGAUCCAGGCGAUUGAUGCCCCAAGUGGUACCGGUAUUUCACCAAAAGGCCAAAUCUACAGCUCUUUUACAACAGAAAAAUUCGAGGUCGUCAUCCAGGAGGACGACGAAAGGAACGAUACCGAGGUAUCUGAGCGUGUCGUUGCAAUCGACCCAGAUGCCGACCACAACGUCCGACCUACAAGCCCGGGGCAAAGCAAAGGUUGGGAUGUCGAUCUAACGGACUUGGGAGAUGAUGAAGGGACAGUCGAGGAAGGGAUAGAAAAUGCUUGGGUGAACCCUGUAGACCUCGGAUCAUUGCAGGAGGAGUCCCUUGACUUGAGUUCAUGGGAAAAGCCAACUGUGGGCGACAAGAAGGUGCAGAACGAAACUUCUCGACCCCAAGUUGAGCCUUUGAACACAAAAGAAGCUGAUGCAACCUCAGCGUCGCGAGACAUCCAGACACCUCGGGACGACCCGACACCCCGAAUGCACCAAAACAAGCGCUUUGACUUCAUCGAAGAAGUCAACGAGGAGGAAAACAUCUCUGCAUACUUCUCACGAAUGACGAACUUGAAGCAAGGGGGACAUUUGCCGGGUUUGGAUAUCAAGGCGCUUGGUUCCAUCGCAGACAACGAGAAGGAAGAAGACACGGACAACGUAGAAGUUGACCUAGAUGUAGGUUUUGUGAAGAAGUCCCUGGCGCCCGAAUUGAGUCAAGAUCCCAAUACUUGGGAAGAAGAAGACGAGGAUGGGGGCCUUGUCGAAGGACGCUACGUGUCCAUCGAAGAAUCGUCGGAAAGCGACGACAACCACUCAUCGGUUGGCCCCAAGCUGGACACCAUAUCCGAUGAUGACGAAGACGAUGACGAAGACCACACGUCUCACGGAGGCCACUCAAGCUCGUUUCUGUCCAGCUGUAGCUCCGCUGAUGAUGAGGAAAGCUUAGGAUCGUCAUCCAAACACCCAAUUGUUGUUGAAUCUGGCUCCAUGGUCGACGAAAUGCAGGACAAAUUCCCUGGCGACGAUGGUGUUGACGAUGCCAAUCCGUCACCAGCCUUGCUGGAAGCAUAUCGAUCUCUGAGCUAUGAAAGCGACAACGACGAGUGGUUGCGUAAACGGGACCUAGCGACGAGAAAGACGCAAAACCCAACGUCGUGGCUGACGCGGACAGCCAGUGGUAUUCAAAGCAAAUUGAGUUUCGUCACUGUUGAGACACCGAAGGCUAUCAAUGGGGUGGCAGCGGCGAAAAAACUCUUGAGUAGGACUGUGAAGCGAAGAGGCGGACGUCGACGAAACCCUAUACCACCGACAUUGGUUUGGAAGUCGAUCUACAAAGAGAGGACGAAGGACCACCCAGGUUAUUUUGAUGUCGAUUUCUUUUCCCUUUUUAAUUCCUCUGCCGUGGGGGCGGUGCGACCCCAUCACCUUGACUCGGCACCAUGGGAAAGUCGGGAUGUGAGACAGCAUUUCUUGCACGAACACAGCAUUAGCUUCUCAAAGAAUUGGUUUGGAAAAGCCCAAAGGACUCGUGGCAACGAAAGAAUCAAAGAAAGAGUGGCUCAUCCCAAGUCCAUGGAAAUGCCCAUGGAGAACAAGCCACACCCCGAAGAAUGGACGGAAGAAUGGUACAAGACUUGGGAAGCACCCAAGGGCAGGACGACGUCUCGAAGUGUGUCUAGUUCGUAUACAGGAUCCGACAAGUCUUCUGACGGAAGCACGAACUACAUUGGAAGCAGUGCAAGCUACUCAACAGCAGGCAAUUUCACAGCAUCGGAAUGCGAGGACGACAGAAGUUACUACGAAGAUACACCGCAAUGCGGUGAGCUAAUCAACGUCAAGCCAAAGAUUGGGGAACGAGUGACCCGAAUCCACCCUGACUACACAAGUCAGCUUCGAAGAAGUCGCUGGAGGAAGAAAUACUUCCCCCGUGGAACGUUCCCCUAUUGA